UGAAAGCCCUGAGAGAAGAGACUCUGCAAAUGGAAAAAGUGGUGCCCAGUUUUCACUGAUUUCUGCUGGAUUUAGGUUAGGAUUUGACUAUGGCAGUGCGGUUCCUGUGGAAGGCAUCAGUGUGGUUCAAGAAGCACAAGAUCACUGUGUUGGCCGUUUCUUGCAUGGGACUGCUUGGCACUAACCUUUCCUAUCACGUGUUUCCUGAGCAGACAUUCAAACUGCUGCAUGAGUGCUGGUCAGAGGGGCAGCCAGCUGAGCUUUCGGAGAAGCUCUGUGGUGUGUUUCAGGAUGUCCUUCAAGAUACUGGUGUGAAGUCCACUGGCUCCUACAGAGCCUUUGCAGCUUCUAGCUUCCACCCUGUGAGCGCUGGAAUUCCCUGGCUGCCUGAAGGCUGUUUGGUGGGCAUCCCGCCUAACUUUGAUAGCACAGCUGAGGAUAAAAAAGGAAUAGUCAACCAUGUUGUUGUAAUAAAUGGCAAGGAAGUAGACUGGGAGAGCAGUGAAGGUGUGGCUUUGAAGGAAGCUCUCACAUUUUCCCUUAAAGCUCAGAAGUUUGCCAUUGCCAGAGAAGUUGUGUACUUGCAGAAUGGCAGCCCUUUAGCAAGUGCAGUUGUGGCUCCGACUUGCUUGGCUGGGACGGUUGUCUGUGGGAGCGCUCUAAAGCUGCUGCUGGGGUUAUCCAGGGGCCCUGUGAUCCUCCGGGGCCUCUGUAACCUUGUCACUGCCAUGGGAGGACUGCUCUGCUACUAUGUCUCUUCUGAUGCCAUCACCUAUCAGCUGGACUGCAGGGCUGACUCGAAGGCAGCCAGGCUUUCCAAGGACUAUGCCAGCGGUGGCCUUGAAUUUUAUGAUAAAAUCUUGUCCCGCAACAGGAUUUUUCGUGGUCUGAUGGGCAAAGAAGGGAUGAAAAUGUAUGCCCCGAGUGGUAACCUUUUCCCAAGGCACUGGUUCAGAAUAAAGUAUACCCCAUACACUUACCGGAGAACUUUGAUUCUUAAUAUUUUAAGAGAGCUCCAGGCAUCUGAUGGGAGUGCUUGAAUUUUAAACUUGUGAAUUAUGUAUUUUGGAACACUGCUGUGCUGCUUUUUUUCUUUUUUUUUUUCUUCUGUAUCUUCAUUAGAAUUUUGGGGUUUAUUUUUGCAUAUAGUUCAGAAAGAGUUAUUGCACGUUUCUUGAAUAAAGAAUUCUCUCUUAAAAUAUUAAAGACUUGCUUCCAAAGUGCUCGGUUCUGUGUGCAUCUCAAAUCACAAGACUGCUGAGAAGGGAAACUUUUCAGACACUGAUCUGGAAGUUCUGCUGUGCUGCUUUGCCUUCCUGCCAUUUCAGUCUGGCAAAUUGCAAGGUGCAAGUCCAGCGGAGGUUUUGGGAUCAUUAUAAUUUAAACUGAGGUGUUUGCUCUUUCUCCUGUAGAACAACACAGAUAUUUUAAAAAAUGGGCAUUCUGUAUCAUGUGGUUACAUAAAUAUCAAGACAGAGUGUUUCUGUUCUGUGUAA